AUGACCUUCACAAACGCCCCCGUCACCAGACUGCUGGUCCUCGGACUCGUCGCCACCUCCAUCGGCGCCAGCAUGCUCGACGUCAAGCACUACUUCUACAUCUCCAUCGACACACACUUGUGGAAGUAUAGACAAUUUUGGAGGUUGCUCGCCUAUCAACUGUGCUAUACCAACUCGACCGAGGUGCUGUUUGCAGCCAUGUCGCUGUAUAACCUACGAGUCGUUGAGCGCAUGUGGGGGUCGAGGAAAUACGCCUCAUUCGUCGUCGUCUGUUCCCUCUUCACCGCCAUCAUUCCUCCCCUCCUCAUGGGCGUCUUGCGGCCACUUUCAGCAGGCUUCUUCAACUACAUGCCUGCCGGCCCAACCCCAAUCGUCUUUGCCCUACUGGCCCAGUACCACUCCAUGGUUCCCCAUGUGUACAAAUACCGAGUGGCAACGUCACAAAACAUCCAAUCGAGCGACUCGUCUGGUCUUACCUUGUCUGACAAAUCGUACCAGUACGCUAUUGCUCUUCAUUUGUCCUUGCUAGAAUGGCCCGGCUCGGUGCUCGGUGCCUUUGUUGGCUGGGCGGUGGGAAACGCUUGGCGGGGAGGCCUGAUACCUGCCUCCCUGGUGACGUGGCGACUGCCAGGGUGGAUGGUGGGACUUCGCUCUCACAGACGUGGUGCCGAGUUUGAGGGUUUGCGCCGACGUCUGGAAGGAGAAAACGGCUCGGCCACUGGCGUGUCUUCUAGUCUUCCGGCCUCUGACGGCCAGCACGCAGAACGAAGACGAACCAUGGGGCAGCAGAUUGUAGACCAGUUUCGGGAGGCUUUAUAG